CUUCCGUAUCAUCAGUCGAUCAGAUGCGUGUGGUCCAAUAAGUGGAAAGAAUAUGAUGUAAUAUAGACAAAUCGCGAGUGUUUCAGUUCUUUUCCUUUCCGUGUAACCAUGUCGCUGACAUUGUUACGAACGCUGUGUCGUCACCAACCGCUGCUACAGCAGCGUCAGCCCGUGUCCUUCGUGAGCAGUUGCGCCGGGUUUGCGAUACGAUUCCAAAGUACCGGCUCCGGUGGGGGCACCUCGAAAGACGGAAGCAACGACAAACAGUCCACGAAGGAACGACUGGCGGUGAAAUACAGUCGGGAAAAUGUCAAGCGUAACGUACAGGGCUACGUCUUUUCACGGUUCUUCGACUACGUUAAGAACUAUGAUAAAGUGCUGGAGAAAAAGUUUCCCUCGGCGAUGCACGUGUACCGCGUGUUUCUGGUCGGGGUGCGAGAUUUCUUCAACGACAUGAAAAAGCUAGUCAAGAUCACCAAAAUCGUCUACUCGCACGACAACGAUCUUCGGUGCCUGACCCGGAAGGAAAUCGAGCUGUACUACCAGAUGCCACGGGACAUGAAGAAAGUGGCACCGGUAUUGCUCAUAUCGGCACUUCCUUUCGCAAACUAUGUGAUAUUUCCUCUAGCCUAUAUGUAUCCUCGCGUACUACUGACGUCACACUUCUGGUCGAUUCAGCAGAAGGUCGAAUUCGUUCAAAUCGAUUUACGAAACCGAUUGGUAUACAAUAGACGCGUGUUUCGUUGCAUGCAGUCGAAACUGGACGCACUGAAGAAAAAUGAUGAUCCGUCGUACAAAAAGUUUAGGUACAUCCUGGGUUUGCUCGGAAGCGGUCUUCACCCGACGGCCGAAGAAAUACUGGACAUUAAAGAAGUCUUCCAGCGACCACCAUUUCAUCUGAACAGUUUGGCCUCAUCGCAUCUGAAAUAUCUAUGUCGGUUGCACGAUGUUCGAGCGGGCAUUUUACGACGGUUCCGUUUGAGCGAGCGUGCUUACAUCGUGCAUCACAUGGACAUGGCCAUCAAGCGGGAGGGAGGAGUGCACAAUAUGCCGAUAGAAUCGCUUAAGCACGCCUGCUUCCUGAGGGGCCUGAAUGCGACCAAUCUGAGUGCUGAAAGUAUGAUAGAAUGGUUACAGGAGUGGGUGAAAGUGUCGCUGGUCGUGAACGAGGACUCCAUCAGUUUGCUGCUACAUUUACCGAUUUUGCUAACUUAUAAUCACCCCAACAAUUGGAUCUUGAUCCACUGAGCGUUUCGAAGUAUUCGAUGAAAUGUUUUGAUGGCUUACUCGAAAGUUUAAAAUCAGGCUCGAAAGCGAAAGCAGCUGUUCUAAGUUCUAAUAACAAGAGCCAAAUGAUGUACCAAACCUUGAUAUCCUUGAUACCUUGAUAAAAUAUCAAAGAUUUAUAAAAUUUACAGUGUGUUCACUAUUUCCGUAGAUAGGUACAGCUAGUGAGAAGGGUUUAAAACACAUUUUACCACUUUUAUUCGCCCGAUGAUUAAACGUCAAUGAAUACGACACACUGAACAUGUAACAAUUAUCAUAUUUAUCUACGGAAAUAUUUCACUCGCUGUGGGUGUAUAAAUCGUUUCUGAUGGAACUGCCUCAAAAACCAUACCUGUUAACAUCUCCUUUGCUUCAAAUAAGACUAUUGUUAACGUGUUUUCAUGACCUCUAGAAAUGGUGUUUCGUUACACAAGGCAGCGGAUAUUUCCAAUAUAUUAAUGAUCCAACUUAUAAUACUUUUCCAAAUACACAUAUCCAUGGUAUGGAUAGAUUGCCGAUA